AGUUGGACACAGUUGCUUCACUUCAGUUUUAAUGAAUUGAGAUCAUUUUAUGUGAUACAUUUUAUGGUUCUUGGACCAAAAAAAAAAUCUUUUAUAUAAAUGUAGAUUUUGCAUUCAAGAUCUGAUUUGUUGCAGGCCUUUGGUAUGAAAACACUACUUUUGCUCACAUUCCAAUGAUGACUUUUUUUGCACGAUAGCAAUCAUACUGUAUGUGGAAGUCCAACUGGGCUGCUUAGGAAAUCCAAGUAGAGAAAUACAAAUGACCAACGUGCCAGAAACCUUCCUGUAGAUUCUCUCGCUGCAAUGCAACCUGCUUUCAAAAUUCUUUAAACUGUCUUAGACAAUAAAAAAUAUCUUUUGGGGGAUUUAAUUACUUAUUUUUAACCAGUUUCUUACAUUGUCUCGUCACUCUAUCAUCCAAUCCAAACUACAGGUACAGGUCAAUGAAAACCAAUUGUACAUGUCCCCUAUUCUUUAUUUCUUUAUACAUUAUCUCUCUCUCUCUCUCUGUCUCUCACUCUCUCUCUCUCUCUCUCUCUCUCUCUGUCCCCCUCCUCUCCUCCCACAUGUGUGGUCUGAACUGAAUCAGAAUAGGUUGCUGGUGAAUGGGAGCCAAGUUUAACUCUGCUUGGUUUCCGAGUGCAAACAGCCUCCAUGCUGCUGUUUAUUCAGCACUGGAUUGAUGAUGUGCUCACCAGAUUUUUCUGGUUCUCUCUCUGUCUGUAUCUUUCCUCCCCUCACUUUCUCCUUUUUUCUGUUUCUCUUUGCCUUCUCGUCUACGUGUUUGGCAUGUUGUCAUUGUUCCUCUUACUACCCAUCAUUCUUCCUUCUCUUUCUUACACCCUCUGUGAGUUCAUUUGUUAAUUACUCAUUAUGCUUUGACCCUCGUUUCCCCGUAAUUGGCCCAAAUCAGUUUCUCCUAUUCUAAAACCAAUACCUAUUCCAGUAGAUAAUGGCUUCAGACUUCUACUGUCAUUCACUGUGACCUGGAUUGAGCUUAAAAACCUGAUUCUAUGUUAUUGAAGAAGCCAUCUGGCAGCAUUGCGAGAUAUUAUCUAUCUGCAUUGCUUAAACAAUGAAUCAUGAUUAUUCCAGCUCAUUGGCUGGCUCUCUCACUUCCAUCCAUCCACGGCCCUGUUCGUCUGUCCACUGUGAAAACAACUGACAUCAGUCCUCUGUAAAUUGGGGUCCAGUGUACCACUGGCCCUCAGCAGCACAAUGGGGCGGCAGGGUGGGAAGCCUGGUGUGUUGGCGGGGGACCUGAGCCCUUUUUAAUCCCUGUUCUAUUCUCUGGUAGAUUAACACUUCUAAACCGACACAGAGUGAAUCAGCAGAUCUCUCUGUAUCCCUCUGGAUCUUCCAUUGGACAGUACGCUGUCAGGUCGGCGUUAUCAUCGUUUGUGUGUGAGUGUGUGUGUGUGUGUGCCUGCAGGUGUACUUUGGGAUGCAUGGCAGUACAAGUGGUAAAUUCCGCAAACAAAAUGAAAGAGCCAACAUAGAAUUACAUUAAUUUUCUUUACAUUUUUAAUCUAAUAAAAAGUGCAGGAGACUAUUCUUUACCUUGAUGGUAGAGUUUUGUGUGAGCUCAGGCAUUAACUGUCGCCACUUAGGGAGAGAAAGUAUGAGUGAGGUUGUGUGACAGUCUGGUAGUUCUUUUAUCUAGAAAUUAUACAGAAAUGGAAGCAAAAUCAAAAUCAAAGUGAGGUCUUCAGUCAAACAGGUUCUAGAAAACAGUUUUGACUAGAAAGAAACGUCAACACAAGAUGCAGUCAGUGGCUGUUUUGGGGGUUUCAAUUGUAUCACACUAUCUCCCCGGUAGAUAUUAAAAUGUCCAUUAUUUUUGAGCACUUUAAGGACUUCUGCUUAUUGGCUGAAGACCAAAGGAUAAUUAUCCUCGUUAUACAAGGACAUAAAUUACCAAACAAAUUUAUUUUAGAAUAACUUGACAGGCACUGCUUGUGCCAACUUGAAUCUUAUUGCAUUAAAAUGCAUUACUCGCAAAGUUGCAAUGUUUUUCUGGAAUAAUUGGGUAACUAAUAGAGGAAUUCAACCCCAUUGGUACCAUUGCACACCUCAACAUGUAUUCUAUUGGACAAAGAUUACAUUAUAAAAAACAAUGUUGGUCUUUGGCUUCCUUCAGAAAGUGACAAAGUUCUUUUGUAAAUUAUAUAGCAGUGUUUGUGUUUUGCCCAGAGAAUCAUCAGUGAUGGUGGAUCCUGUUAUCUGUUACAAGUAGAGUGACGUGUGACCUUGGAUAAAAUCGUAGCCACAUCUGUAACUUUUGUUUUCUGGUUAGAAUUUGAGAUGUUACCAGAGUCUGACCUGUCCAGAGUGCUUUUCCUAAUAAGAGAUCAAGGAUCGGACAUGCAGCAGAAGUGAUUUUUUUCAACUAUGCACAAAACAAAUGUUUGUAAAAUGCUACAGCUUUUUAACGUUCAAAAAAGAGAAAUAAAAUGUUGUUUUGAGUCUGUUCUGCACCAUUUUCUUCUCUUGCAAAAAGAAAGUAUUGCUCCUCCUUGCUCUGCUCUCUUGUGUCCAGAUCAGACCAGAGGAUGACCCUCUCGUCACGGUUUCAGAAGGAGGUGCAUGCUCACCUUUCUAGAAACUCCCAACAGACCGGCCCAUCCUUUAAUCUAAACGAGAGUCUCAACUCGGGGAAAGGAAAACCUUACAAUCCUCUGCAGGUCCAGGGGCGCAUCAGGGAGAUUCUGGGGAAGUACAGUAACGGGUUCUGGGUCUCAAAGCUGCCUCAGAUCUACAGGGAGCUGUAUAAACAGGACAUGCCCACUGAGGCCAUCAAAGACUUGGAGACCUGGACACACAUAUGCACUGUAGAGAAAACCUGCAGUAGCAACCCAUCAGAGUUGCUACUCUACCCUGCCAAGGAACAGAUCACCACCUCCUCCCCUCCACCCAUCCUUAACCCUGUGCCAAAUUCAAACACCCCGACAGACAAACCUGUGCAGUCCCCCACCCAGAAGAGAACCCCCAGCACCCACUUGACUCGCUCUGGUUCCUGCUCUCCCCAGACUACAACAUCGUCCUCCUCAUCCCCCAGUCCUCCAUCCUCCCCUGCCACCCUCAGCCCCGACCUGAAGCUGAAGCUGGAGGAGCUGCUGGUGAAGUACUCCAACGGCCUAUGGGCCCACGCAUUGCCCAAGAUCUUCCGGGACACGUACAAGUUCAAACUGCCCGGACAUGUCCUGGAGAACCUUCACCUCCUCUCCGACAUCUGCACCAUCGACUUCCCGAUGCCUGACAACCCAAAGAGGGCCAUCUUGUACAAGGGAAGUACCAGUUGUGAUGGUGGAGGAGUAGAGGAUGAGAACUGUAAUAGGAGGAACUCCUCAGCCAGUGAAGAGGAGCUGAGGGUAAGGCAGGAGCUGGGGAGGAGGCUCAGUAACCAUGCGGUGCCCUCUCUGCAAAUACCCAAAGAGGAGUACCCCUCUGUGCUAGUGGUGGAGGCCACCAACACCAAUGGAGUUAUAAUCAGGUACAUUGGUGAGGGUUACUCCCAGGCCCAGGAGUCCAUGGAAGAUGAAAUGAGGGCGUUUUACGGUGUGGACCAAAGAAGUCCAACUCCUUUGUCAUCUCCAUCCUCUGGCCAACUUGUUGCUGUCAGGGCCGAAGAGGAGGAGGAGAUUCUUAGGGCGCAAGUCUGUGAGGUCAUGACUGACAAGGUCAAGGUGCACUAUGUGGAUCAUGGCUUCUCAGAAGUGAUCAGCAAAAUCAAAGUGUUUGAGCUGCAUGAGAAGUUUUUCCAACUGCCUUUCCAGGCGACCAAAUGUAAACUAGCAGGUCUGGAACCAUUCUGUCAGGAGCCUGCUGUGCUGAAGAAGUUUGAGGCAAUGGCAAGUGGAAAGAUCCUAUUGGCAGAAAUCCUAGAGAGAGGGCAGACCCCUAUUGUCGUCCUGUAUGAUACGUCGCAGGACGAUGAUGUCAACAUCAACGCUGCCUGUAUGAAAGCCCUGCAGGACAAGACGCUUGCCAGCCCGCUACAGGUGAACAGCGCUUAUAUGAACGUGACUGUCAGAAGCGUCUGCUCAGAUGGGACCAUCUACUGCCAGCUGCCCUCCAGAGGCCUUGCCAAGCUGAAUGAGAUACUGGAGAACAUAGAGACAUACUUCCACUCACAGGUAACAUCAGAGUUCUUGGUAUCUCGACCCUUCUGUGGGAAAGGGUGUCUGGCUCGCUACAAAGGCAAAUGAUCCCGUGUUGAGAUCUCCAACCUGCAUGGCAGCAGAGUGCUCGACAUCUUGUUCAUUGAUGUUGGCGUCCAGGCUUCUGUAGAGGUGUUUGAGCUGAGAGAGAUCCCACCGCCAUUCCUACGUGACCUCAUGGCCAUCCCGCCACAGGCUGUGAAGUGCUGUCUUGCUGACCUGGCUGUCAGCGUUGGAUCCUGGACUCCAGAUGCUGUCCAAUGGCUUCGAGAGAAAGUGCUCAACACCACUGACUGUAGCAUGAAGGUGGCCAAGGUAGAUGAAACCAAGCGCUGCAUCUACGUCCACCUCUUCACCGACAAGAACUUCCACGACCCGGCCCGCAGCCUCAACCAUACGAUGGCCCAGUCUGACCUGUUCAAACAGCAACCAGAUGUUUUCCUGACGAGUCACAGUUCUGCCAAGAUCUUCACAAACACUUCAUCCUCCAAAACUCCCAGGAUGGGUGACUACACCAAUGGGAAUCCAACGUCAACCUCUUCCCCAGCCAAGCCUCAUCUCAGGAGGGCUCUAUCGGGACCAGGAAGAGGCAACACGACUACCACCAGCCCACCACAGACACCAUCACCCCCCUCAUCCUCUCUCCAACUGCCACCAUUACUAGAGCUUCCGCCAGCAGGAAACAACAUAGACGUCUAUGUAUCAGUGGCGUGCCAUCCAGGCCACUUUGUGCUUCAGCCCUGGAGAGAUAUGUACAAACUGGUGGUGUUGAUGGGAGAGAUGAUUCUCUACUACAAUAAAACUGAGGCGAAACCACUGAACAUAGAGAAGAAUCAGAUAUAUGUUGCUAAAGUGGAGAACAGCUGGCAUCGUGUGUUAGUGAAGGGAGUUCUGACCAACGGGCUUGUGUCUGUGUACGAGCUGGACUAUGGUAAACAUGAGCUGGUCAGCUGCACACAGCUCAGACCUCUGAUCAAAGAGUUCAGACAGCUGCCGUUCCAGGGAAUCACGGCUCAGCUGGCUGGACUGAAGCCGAGGCAGUGGUCAGAGGAAGCUUCUAUCGUUUUCAGAAACCACGUUGAGAAGAAACCCCUUGUGGCCCAGCUGGAGGCCGUACAGGAAGCCACUAACCAGUGGGACAGGAAGAUGACGGUCUUCCUGGUCGACACUUCACAGGAGGAAAGGGACAUCUGGGUGCAUGACAUCAUGGCUGAAUUUGCUGAUGAGCUGACCAACGAGCUGUAGGCAACAGGAGAUUAUUGACACAUCUUACUAGCCGAGCAGUUGUCCUGCUGCUCAAUGGAGACACCGGGAGUUGUGGAUAGACAUCAUGGAAGAAGCUUAUCCAUCAUUAUCUAUCAACCAUGAAGGCGGACAGAAAGAAGAAAGGAAGGAAAGAUAAAGGAAAAGCUACAAGUAGAAGGGAAAAGGUUUGAUAGCAUGUAGAGACAGGCAUUAACAGAAACACGAGAGGCGUAGGUGUUGUAGCCACUUGCUUGUUGUGUUUUGGGCUGUGCAUGGAGGGACGCCGUGAUGUGAUUUUGAGUGACUGCAGUGUGACCACUGGACAAUACAUCCAUGCCUGAUGUUGGUCCAAUCUUGCCACAAAUACUCUAAACAUACCUUCAGCACACAGUAACAAACUGCUAAAUUUCUCCAUAAUAUCCUCACAAAGCUGUGGAUGUGACACAACAUGCAUUCUUAUUCCAUUCGCCAUGGGUUUAAAUCCAGAGCAGCAUCUUGCGCAACAGUACCCGAGAGUGCAUCCAGUUCUAGUGUGUGUCAUCCAGGGCGUUGCCUGGACACUCUUAACCCUGCCAAUGUGACCACCAUGCAAAGUGCACAACACGUUAGGAUUAGAUCUUCUCACAUUCUAGAGAUUUAAAUACAUUUGUUUACAAAAUCUGCUUUUUGGAUAGUUUUUGUGAAUGUCAUGAAGUUUCCAAAAGUUAGAGCUAACAUUCCCCUGAGAGGAGAAGAAACAGACGGUAGGUAGUUUACACUUUUUGUAUAUGCUUAAAUAAACCGUUUUUGUUUUUGCA